AACAUGACGGAUACUGGAAAGAUAUACAAAGAAGAUCUCCUGAAACUGUGGCAGCAAAAAAGUUUCCAUACUGACAUACCCGAUGACGACUUCAAAGAGUUCGUAAUUCAAGUUCUCAUACAUCUAGAUGUGUUGGUUCUUCCAAAACGAUACUCAGGCAAGAGUAAUGUACACUUAGAUUAUUUUUUGGUUCCAUGCACAGUCAAAGAGAAGAUGCAGAUGUCAUUUCUGGAUGACAAAUCGUUUUCAAACAGGACAAUAUCUUUGGUCUAUCGAUUACAUCAAUCGUCCAUACCCUCAGCAUUGUCCUUUAAACUUAUUGGUGCGAUAAGUGGUAUCUGGCCCAUCAAGGAACUGAACGACUGUCCAUUAUUGUACCACUGCUCAGCCGUCUUAUGUGUUGAUGGACAAACCGAAUUACGAAUAAUAGUAGAGGAUAAGAGAGUCAUCAUCUACCUCACACACGAAUUGUCUAAGCAUUUCAUCUCUCUCGAUAUUGCUGCGAGUAUCCAAGAAUGUUUGACCUUGACUUUAGUGGCUGUUUUGACAAUCUAUCUUAGCAGUGUUGGAAAGAGCUACCGAAAAAUGAAUGUAUCAAACCUCUUUCAGAUUGAAAUUGGAGAGAUUUGUGAUCGAUCUCCAUGUGUAGUGUCCAUUUCAAAGGCAGUUAACGCUUUAAACUGGGUCUGUGACAAAGGAAUUAAUCAUGAUACCAAAUGUUCUCGGCUAUGGUUCUUCGACAAGGCACAGAAAGAAUGUCAAUCAAAUUGUACAGGUCUCGAUAAAACUGUUUUGACAAAGUCACCAACAGACAAACACCUUGCCAGACUUGCCAAGCAGCUAAGUAUCAACAAAUGUAAAGAAUUAGUGUUAUAUCUUGGUAUAGAAGACACAGAGUGGGAAGACAUUGAAUAUGUCUACCAAAAGCAGCCUUUGAUUAUGAAAUUCAUGGCAUUGAAAAAACAGCCUUCCAAAUCAUUUAAUGAUUUGCUUAAAGCACAAGAAGACAUUAAAGAUGGAAGGCAUUUACUAUGCAAGGUGUUCAGAGAAGACACAGUUUUAGUUGAUAUUGCAGAUGUUCGACUACAAGAAAUUCCACAUGAUGAUGUUUUAAAUGGUUUGUCCAAGCACCUUGGUAAUUGCGCAAUACUUUUGGGGAUCGAACUAGGAAUAACUAUCACUUCUAUAGAGGAGACAAUGACACGGCAUCCUAGGGAUAUGUACCUUCAGAUAGAAGACAUCCUAAGAAAAUGGAAAUUUUCAAGAAAAGUAAAACCUACAAUAUACAGAUUGAUGCUUGCUGUGGAACGUGUAUACAGUGGAGGGUUGAGUUAUCUAACGGAUAUAUAUUUGGGACAAUAAUAUGAUUGUGUUCAAUCUUUGAAAAAUAGUGAACAGUAUUCAUUAA